UCCUGUUUCUGUCCGAGUCAUGUGACAUGCGUUGCCUCGUCUGAGACGUUAGAGGGUAGAUCGAUCUGGGCACAUUACUCAACUUUCCUCACCUUAAAAGUUUGACUUUCAUAGUUUUUAAAUAAAACCCUCACUAUGGCGGAUCAGAGGUUUGCGAUCACCAUAUCUGUGAUGACCUUGUUUUGGGCUUUUGUUGGCGGUGUGGUGCCCUGGUUCAUUCCCAAAGGACCCAACAGAGGAGUGAUUGUCACCAUGCUGAUACUCACUGCGGUCUGCUGCUAUCUCUUCUGGUUGAUUGCAAUACUCGCCCAACUGAAUCCACUGUUUGGACCAUCCCUGCAUAAUGAUACCAUCUGGUACCUGCAACAUCACUGGCCUUAAGCUUUCCCUCUUUGACCCAUUUUCCUGCAGUUUCUCUUGGCAUCAGAUGGUCUGACACAGCUGUGUUGGAGCACAUUUUCCCCACAAAGAUCAUUCCUACUGAACUCAUCAGAAGCUCAGACCCUGGUGUGAUUGCCUCUCGAGUAAACCUACACUAGUGCCUUGUUCUAAAUGAUUAUCCAGAGGGCUGUGAAAUGUCACUGGAUUUGUCUGUAGCUUAAAUUGAAGCAAACUUCACUUGCUUUGUAUGUAUAUUGUGUUUGAUAUUGUCAGUAUGUAUGAUAUUUAGAUAAACAGUUAAUGUGCUUAUGUUUUUGUCUGUUGAUGGAUGUAAUAAGCUCUGUUAAUUAUUAAAUUUAUCUGCUACACUCA